CAUUUGCUGAGAAAUAACUUUGAGGAGAGGAAUGUCUGGACAAUGACCAGCAUUUUAUUUACACAGGUCAUGAGACAUGUCACUUGGGUGAUAUGUUCUUGUCAGGGGGAUUUUAAUUAGAAAAUUCCUGGAGGGCUCCUGCUCCCAUUAGGUGCUUAUUAACAUCUAAAGACAAAAGGAGUUACUAGAAAAGCCUGAGGAAUCGACAGAGAACUCAGGUUACACUGGAAGGCAAGACUCAGCUGCUGCUAGCAUAGAAGAGACACUCAGGAUGGCAUGCUGGAUUUUGAAUGAAAAACUCUCAGUCCUAUUAUUAUUGGUGUGGCUGGGCUUGAAUUUAUAUCUAUUUAUUGAUACUUUCCACUGGUAUGAAGAUGAAGAUGCUUACAUUUAUACACGGAUUAUGCUGGGAUCAACCUUGGCUUGGGCGAGAGCUUCUGCAACGUGCCUUAAUUUUAACUGCAUGCUAAUCCUGUUACCAGUCAGUAGAAAUCUUAUUUCAUUCUUAAGAGGAGCAAGCAUUUGCUGUGGAGGAGCACCAAGGAGACAGCUUGACAAAAACAUCGCAUUUCACAAGGUGGCUGCCUAUGGAAUAGCUGUAAAUGCAACCAUCCACAUUGUUGCCCACUUGUUCAAUAUAGAGCGGUAUCAUAACAGCCAGUCGAAGGAAGCAGGGGGGCUACGGAAUAAACUUUCUGGCCUUGGCAAGAGGCCAAAUGAAAGCUACUUGAACCCAAUCCGGACCUACGAAACGAACACAACGGGAGAGGUACUGACUACCAUAGCUGGAGUAACUGGAGUAAUGAUAACUGUGGCUUUUGUUCUGAUCGUGACUUCAUCUACAGAGCUCAUCAGAAGGUCAUGCUAUGAGGUGUUCUGGUAUACCCACCACUUCUUUGUGGUUUUCUUUAUUGGUUUAAUAAUCCAUGGUACAGGUCAGCUAGUCCGGGGUCAGACACCUCACAGUCUGCUGCUUCACAACGUCACUUACUGUAAAGAUCACUACUUGGAAUGGGAGAAAGCCACUCAGUGUCCUUUGCCACAGUUUUCUGGCAACAAACCUGUGGCUUGGAAGUGGGUUGUGAGUCCUGUGGUGUUGUAUAUCUGUGAAAGAAUUGUUAGAUUCUGGAGAUUUCAACAGGAGGUGGUCAUUACUAAGGUGGUGACACAUUCCUCUGGAGUCCUAGAGCUGCACAUGAAGAAACAUGGCUUUAAAAUGGAAGCUGGUCAGUAUAUCUUUCUGCAGUGCUCAUUGAUCUCACCACUGGAGUGGCACCCCUUCACCCUCACCUCAGCUCCCGAGGAAGACUUCUUCAGUGUUCACAUCAGGGUAGUUGGGGACUGGACUGCAGCCCUCUUCAAGGCUUUUGGAGCAGAGGAGAAAGCUUUCAAGGAGUUGUGGAUGUUGCCAAGAUUGGUUGUGGAUGGACCAUAUGGAUCUGCAACCACAGAUGUUUUUUGCUACGGAGUGAGUGUAUGCAUUGCAGCAGGGAUAGGAGUCACACCAUUUGCCUCUAUUUUAAAAUCCAUUUGGUACAAGUGCUGCAAUCCUAACACAGUACUGGUGCUGCAGAAGGUUUAUUUUUACUGGAUCUGCCGAGACCCAUCCACAUUUGAGUGGUUUGCUGAUCUUCUGCUCCUUUUGGAAACAAAAAUGGUUGAAAAAGGGAAAAAUGAUUUCCUAAGUUAUCAUAUAUAUCUUACUGGCUGGGACGAAAGUCAGGCUACUCACAUUGCCCUGCAUUAUGAUGAGAAGGUGGAUGUAAUUACUGGUUUGAGACAGAAGACCUUCUAUGGAAGGCCAAACUGGGACAAUGAGUUCAAGCAGCUAGCUGAAAACCAUCCUAGCAGUAGUAUUGGAGUAUUCUUCUGCGGACCCAAGAAUCUCUCUAAGAUCCUUCAAAAGAUGUGCAGCUCAUAUUCAUCAGUUGAUCCAAGAGGAGUUCAGUUUCACUACAACGAAGAAAGUUUCUAGGCUGUACUUACCAACUGUCUAAAAGCACAGAAGUUAAAGAAAAUCUAUACUCAAGUUGGACUGAGGAGUAAUGGAGUUCACUAGGAUCAUGUAACACAUUUCUCCAGCCACACAAGAAAAGUGGGAGGUAGAAAACAUCCUGUGUAUGUCAGCAGUUGAAUAAGACAAAUGACAACAUUAUAUAUGUACACAUACACACACGGGAAAUGCCCACAGAAGAGGACAUGGCUGUACAGACAAAAGGAACAACAAUAAAAAUUAUGUCACAGAGGAUUACAAGAUUAUUCUACAUCUCUUCUGUUAGGAGAUACAGUAUGUGUGAACUGAGCUUGAUCUACAAGAUACGGUUUUAUUAAGUUUAGGGUAAGGCAUCUUUAUUUUAAAUUGCUGAAGUUUUCUUAAAUGCCUGCCUAUGUGAAAUGAUUAAUGCGGUGCAUACUGUGUAGCAGUGGAGUGAGUGGAGAAUUAGAGCCUCUGCCAGUUCACCUAGAGGCAUUUAUCUUUUAUUUUUUUCCCUGGUGCCCGUGCUGAGCCUCAGGGUAAGCUGACACAUUUUUUAAUAUAAAUUAAGAUUCUUUUUUUGUGUGUGUUGAAAAUCUUGAAGGAAAUGAGAAAUGUGUGUAGGCACCAAUACCAGCUGCCAUUGCAUGAAAGAAAGAGGUGACAAUUUCCUGCAGAUUCUGAAUGAUUGUUUUAAUGGGGUUGGAUUGGAAGUAACAAGCACAAAGAUAUUGUGCUGCCAGAAAAACAGGAUAUGUUCUACCCCUAGCCUCAUGCAACAAGAUGCAACAUUUAGCUUCUGGCUCAACAUGGCAUCUCUUCACUCCUUUGAUUUAUUCUCACUUUUGCAAAUCACUGUGGUGUGCUACAGGAGAUGCAUUUAGAGCCCUUGUUAUAGUUCAUUGAGUAGUACUGCUGUUAUCACCACCAGAGGAAAAUUUCACUUGUAUCAGGACUGAGUGACCUAGAAUAAAAGAAAAAUAAAAAAAAAAAAAAAAAAAAAAAAGAAAGAAAUGGGGAGGUUUGUUGAACUAGGAUGAAACUGCAUUUAGGUUGAAUGAAAAUCUCUUUAUUACAAAUACAAUUUAAAUCAAAAUGGAAACCAGGAAGAUUUGGCUUCCUGCCUUGUUUUGAAUAACACUGAGCACACAGCAGCGAUGAUAAUGUGAAUGCAUGUGUAAUGACUCUAUUAUUAUGUUUAUAUAUGGAAACAUCAUUCACUGUCAUGGAAAAUGAAAGAUAUCUUCAUGGAUUUCUCUGUUCAGCUUCUUCAGCAGGAAGUGUUCAGCACUUUGUAGGACAAUAUUAGUAAAUAAAACAUAGUAAUAUCACCACAGGUUUAUCACAUCCUGUGCCAGAAAACUAAUCAUAGACAAGGAUCAUAAAUACACAGAUUAAUUACUUUGGCUCUAACAAUAGAAUAUUAUUAUAAUAAUAAGAGUUGUGUUAUGAUAAUUUAAGUUUAUUUACUAGUAAGUGUAAGUCAAAAUAUAUGGUUUUACCUGUUUUGGGCUUCCCUCCUUUCUUCCUCCCCCCAAUUUUUACAGGUAGUUGAAAUUAUUUAAGCAAGUUUGUACCUUAUUUUACAAUGAAAGAUUAAACAGGAACUACCAUUUUCAACAGGAUGUCCAUCAUAUGGGACACAUACCAUAUCAUUACAAAGACAUGUUUCUUUCCUGCUUUUAGAUAUAAUAAAAGAGCUAAGAAGAAAUGUUAACUGAAAAACUGUGCAAAACUUUUCAAAUGUUUGAAUACUCCUGAUUAGCAGGAGAUUUUAUAAGAACUGCCUUAAAGGUACCUCAGGCACUCUGGAAAAGUAAUAAACUAAGUGACAUGGUGGCUUUGUUAUUUCUGUUGGUCAACA